GACUUCUGGAGCGGGCUCAGCUCGUUCCCAUUGUUACAGGCUGUGGCAGAAGUGGCGUUCAACGUUGUGUGCUCAAGCGCAGCAGCAGAGCGCAAUUUUUCAACGCACAAGUUUGUGCACUCCACCUUGCGUAACCGGCUCGCGCCAGAACGCGUGGAGAAACUCGAACACAUUUUCUUCAAUGCGAAGAACUGCUCGACGGACGAGCUUGAG